AUGGCCAUGUCGCACGUCCUCGCACGCACAGCGCUGCCAGCGCAACUUCGCCGCCGUCCCUCCGCAUGGGCCACUGACCACGUGGCGUCACACUCACCCCGCGUAACGUCUGAUUUCACACCUCUCCUCCGCGCCAGCCGGGCCGCUUCCAGCAAAUGGUCGGCCCAGACGACGGGGCUGCGCGCCAAGCCUCCCCAUGGAUCCCACUGGGGGACCAGACGACGGCUUGCGCCAUGCACUGCCGUGGAGGCAGCGGGUGAUGCGGUGGGUUUGGCGGGGGACAGGGUACGGGCGGAAGGGGAGAAGCGGAGAGCAGGCGAGCACUCGGGGAAAGAGGAAGCGGAGGGGGAGGAUGGAGAUGAGGAGAUGAGCGAAGGCGAGGGAGAGGAAGAGGAGGAUGAGGAGGAAUAUGAGGAAGACUGGGAGGACGAGGAUGAGUGGGAUGAAGACUGGGACGAUGAGCAGGCGGAGGAGGGGGGCGGAGAGGUGCCGGAGUGGGAGGGGGAGGGCGUGGAGGUGGGGGUGAUAGUGGGCGCGCACGGGCUGCGCGGCGAGCUGCGCGUGAAGCCGCUCACGGACUUCCCGGAGCAGCGCUUCGGACAGGGUGGCUGGCGCUGGUUGAAGCGCCCAGGCAGGCAGUCCGCUCCCUCCCCUGCUCCCGCUCCCGCAGCUGCGCCGCCGCCACCAGCAGCAGGAGAGGCGGCUGGGGAGGCAACUGCAGGGGAGGCGGCAGCAGCGGAGCAGCGCGGGGCGAGUAUGAGGCGCGUGUGGGUGAGGGGCGGGCGGCCAGGCCCGGGGCGGUAUGGGCUGUGGCUGGUGCGACUCAAGGACGUGGAGAGCACGGAGCAGGCGGAGGCGCUACGGGGCAGUGUGAUGAUGGUGCGGGAGGAGGAUCGCCCGGAGCUGGCAGAGGACGAGGUGUACUCCAGCGACCUCAUCGGCCUCUCCGUGCUGCUCAAGGAGGGUGGCGCGCCCAUAGGCGUGGUGGAGGACGUGUACAGCGGAGGGGGCGCGGGGGAGCUGCUGCGUGUGCGCCUGCACACAGGGGAGGAGCCGGCGGCGGGGUCAGAGGGGGCGGCGGGGGGAGAGGCAGGGAGGAGGGCAAAGGGGCAGGGCGAGGGGAAGAAAAAACAGGGCAAAGGGGGCGGUGGCAAAAAGGGGAGCGCGAGUGGCGGGGCCCCAUGCGUGUGGGUGCCGUUUGUGCGCGCCAUCGUGCCUGAGGUGAACCUCAAGCAGCGGCACCUUGUGGUGGACCCUCCUCCCGGGCUGCUUGACCUCAACCAGCGCCCCGCAAGCAAGGCAGAGCCGACGCCGGAGGAGGAGGGCGACGAGGGCGCGCGCAAGGGCAUGUCCGCCCGGGAGCGCAAGAAGCGGCAGCAGAGGAGGCGGCAGGUGGAGGAGCGGUACGGGCAGGCGGGGCAGCAGCACGUGCUGCACUGGGUGCACGCGGCCCUGCAGAUGGAGAAGGCCGCAGCAGAGGCAGGUGCUGGCGAGGAGGGGGCAGGGAGUGCGCGAGCGCAGGGGCACAUGCAGGGGCACGUGGACGUGGAUGCAGUGCUGCAGCAGCUUCUAGCAGUGGACCUCAGGCGCGUGGCCCAUGCCGUACACUCCGCCCUCACUCCGCGCGCACACACCGUGCCCCCCCUGCCCCAGCCCGUGCCCCUGCCCCACUGGCCGCUCCUCCUCGCACGUUCAGGUGGUGAGGCGGCGCUGCUGGGUGGCGCGGCGAGCAGUGAGGGGGCGGGUGGGGGUGAGGGUAUGGAGGGAGAGGGCAGGCGGGCGGUGGGCGAGGGUGCAGUGGCGGUGGUGGCGCUGCUGGGGGCUGCUGCUGCUGCCGACGCGGUGAGGGAGGGGAGCGGCAGUGGUGCAGGGGGGGGAGCAGCGGGCAUGGCACGGCGUGUGGAGGAGUACGUGCGGCGAGACAUGGCGCGGCUGAGGAGGCAGAUGGGCGCUGUGGACGCAUGGAGGGAGGGGGCGGAAUCAUCCCCCCUGCCAUGGCUGCUCGUGGUGGACGAGACGGCAUCACCCCUCACUCUGCACCAGUCGCUGCUCGAUGCCACUGCACCAUCACAGCCCACCUGGAUCCCCCUCCCGCAAUGGCCACUCCUCUCGCUCAACCCACCCACCACCACGCCAUCCACCCCACCUCCACCCCCCUCCUCGCCAUCCCCUGACUCCGCCUCCUCUCCUCCUCCGUUCCACCUGCUUCUCCGCCCCCUGCCACGGCCUGAGGCGGAGCCUGCAAGCAGUGCGGCGAGUGCGGCGCUGCAGGGGGCGUCGGGCGGGGGAGGGGGAGUGUUCCUGGCGCUCAAGGACGCGGCUGUGCUGCGCGGCCUCGCCAAGCAGGGCGUCAAGCACCUGCUGGUGCUACUGCAUCCGACAGCACAGCCUGAUCCUUCCCUCAUUGCUGCAUGCAUCCAGUCCAAUGCUGACGUGGCAGUUGCUGCGUCAGCGAGCUCCGAUGCCAGCUCAGCAGGAGUGCAGAUGGAGAGUGGGAGCGGAGGGCAGCAGCAGGUACUGCGGGUGGCAGCUGUUCCAUGCGAGCAGCAGGAGGAGGGGCAUGCACAUGGUGAGGAUGGUAAUGGGAGUGGGGCUGAAGACAGUGGCAAGAAGAAAGGCAAAGGCAAGGGCAAGGGCAAGGGUGAUGAGAGGCAGUCCAGUGGAGUGAGGCUUCAAGUGCUGGAGGGCUGUGAGGGGGCGGAGGAGGCUGCCGCAAUGCCUUCACACGUGCACUCCCUUGUGCUUCACUCAGACCAGCUGGUUGUUUCCAUGAAGUUUCUGAAGUCGUUGGAUCCGAUGCAGCUGCCCUUCCAGCUGUUUGAACCAUCACCCUUGGAGCAGCGCCUGCCAACGCCACAUGCCGCAGCAGAGGUGGCGGCAGGGGGGGAGGCAUGGAACGGGGCAGCAGAUGGGGGUGUGGCGAUGAGGCAGCGGGCAAUGGACGUGGUGUCUGCUCCCCUCCGCAUGCUCAUCCCCCUCGUGCUUGCCUGCUCGCCCCUUCACCGCUAUUGCUCUGCCUCCCCUCGCUUGCCUGGCGACCUCUCACCCACCUCGCUCCUCCUCUCCUCUCAGCGCAUCUCCCAUGCUGCUCGCAGUCGCCGCUCCAGCAGUCAUGGCGGGUCCUCCGCGCAUCCCCUCCGCACUGCGCAUCCCGCUUUUCUCCUCGCUCUCCUGCGCCUGAAUCUGCCUCUGCACCGCCCUGCGUGGCCCAUCACCCCUAAAUCCCGCUCCGUUACGCACCGCCCGUGCGAGAUCCGCGCAUCUGCGCUUCCGCCUGACGGCCUGCAUCGCGCGCAUCCGCCAUCGCCGCGCUCACUCGCCCCGACCGCACAUCCCUCAGACCAGGGCAACCUCAAGGCGGCGCAGUGGGAGGAGGUCACGUCGCGCGUCAACGCGCGCGGUGGCGGGAGCAAGGCGGCGAAGACGGUGGUGCAGUGCCGCAUGAAGCUGGAUUCGCUCAAGAAAAAGUACAAGGCGGAGCGCCUGCGAUGGCGCGGGCUCAGCCGGUGGGAGCACUACAAGAAGCUGGAUCAGCUCAUCGGCGGCCACAAGCGCGUCGCGGGGGCGGGCGGCAGCAGCGCCGCCGCCAUGGGCGAGGAUCUGGAGUCGUCGGGCGUGGGCGGGGGCGGCGGGAUGAGCUCCGGCGGGGCCACUCUCCCCGCCACGCCCGUCUACCCCGCCGUGGCCUCCGCGCCCGCCGCCGCGAUGUCCGCAGGGGGGCUGGGCGGGUCCGCCAUGGGCACGGUGAUGGGCAUGCCGCCGGCGGACGGCACCUACUUUCUGCACAACAUUGCGGCGGGCGGCAUGGCCGGCAGAUUCGUGGGGGGCGGCAACGGCAACGGCGUGCUUGUGCCGAGCGGCAUGCCUCCUCUGCCCGCCGUGGGCAUGGGGAUGGGGGGCGCGGGCAGAGGGGGCGUCAUGGGGGCCUCUUCCGGCGCUGGCGGCCCCCCCCCGCCCAUGGGGGUUUUACCCGGGGUUGGAAUGGGCGGCAGCGUGUAUUUAGGCACGGGGGGGCCCGUGGGCGCGGGGAGAGGUGGCGCAGGGGGCUUGGGGGCGCGCAACAGCAUGAUGUGCGCGGGCCCGGGCGGGGCAGUGACGAACGGCGACGGCAUCAAGUGGUCCGCGGGCCCCAUGGACCGGCAGGGGGAGUGCGUGGGGGAGGGCGGAGGGGAGGUUAGAGGCGCGGGAGGGAUGGGGAUCGGCGGAGUACGCUUGGGCGGGCUGGCGGGGCAAGCGGGCCCGUCAGCGGGGGCGGUGCUUGGGGGAGGGGCCGCGGGCGGGGGCGGCGGUGCGGCCCCCCUGAUGCCUGCCUCCGCGGACGCCUUUCCCUCGCCCCCCUUCUUGCCCACGGGCGCACCUCCCGCCGCAUUUUCUGGCAGGCCGCGCACAGGCGUGGAAGGCGGGGGUGACGUGGCGGUGGGUGAGAGCCCGGGAUCAACGGCGUGCAACCGAGGGGAGGGCAGGGCGGAGGGCGAGGAGGACGAGGACGACGAGGAGGACGAGGAAGAGGACGAGGAGGAAGAGGGUGGUGGGGAGGAUGCAGCAGGGGCGGUGGGGCAGUAUGGGCGAGCGGAGGGCGAGGGAGGAGGAGGGCAGGGCGGCGGGGGGGGCUUAGGGGGGCCUGCAUUGCCCAGUGGGGUGGGCGCGGCAGCAGGGGCAGGGGGGGAGCGGCAGAAGCGCAUGCGGCGGUGGAGAGGGGGCUAUGAGGGCAGCCGGCGCAUGCCCAACGGGGCCGCGGAUGCAGGCGGGCAGGAGGGUGGCAUGGGGGGCAUGGCUGGUAGUAUGGGGGGCAUGGGGCAUCCAAUGGGGGGAGUGGGAGCAAUGGGUGUGGGCGAGGCGGCAGCGGCGGCGGUGGUGGGGGCGGGUGAGGACUCGGUGCGAAGCCUGGCGGAGGCGAUCAGCAGUUUCGGCGAGCUAUACGCGCGUGUGGAGGUAGAGAAGCAGCGGUACCUGAUGGCCCUGGAGCAGCGGCGCAUGGAGUUUCAGCGCGAGCAGGAGGCGCGCAAGAUGGAGAUGCUGAGGGACAUGGAGGUGCGGCGCAUGGAGAUGGACAUGAAGUUCCACCUCGAGCUCGCUAAACUCGCCUCGCCCUCGCCCUCGCCCACCACGCACCUCCCACAACCCCCCUCCUCCUCGCCUUCCCCUGCCGCUGCUGCCGCUGCUGCUGGCACCGCGUCUACUACCCCUCCCGCGCAUGCCCAUGUGCGCGGGGCACCUGCUCCGUCGCCGGUGCCGUGGCCGCUCUCCUCCCCCUCCGCGCCAUCCCAGCACCACGUGCCGUCGCCCAUGCCCGCCGCCCCCACGGCAUCGCACCACCCCAGUGCGCCCCACAGCGGCCUUGCGCACGCCCCCAUGUGCCAGCCCUCGCCCACCGCACACCCUGCGCCCGCCCACCCGCACUCCAACCCACCGGCGGCCCAACGGGGCUCGUCACACGCGGCAUCACCAUCGCCCGUGGCCCCCAUGGCCCACAUGGCCCCCAUGGCCCAUGGGGGGCUGGACUCGCGCCCCACUGCUGCAAGCAGUGGCGGGGCGGAGGGCGGGGCAGAUGGCACGGAGCAUGGCGGGCGCGAGGAGGAGGGGCAUAGUGAUGAGGAGGGGCCGUGCGGAGGGGAGGGCGCGGAGGAGGAGGGGCAGGAUGCGUUGGAGAGACAGACGUCAGAGGAGGGCGAUGGGGGCAGCGAGCAGGAGGAGGAGGAGGAGGACGAUGCAGAGGCACACUCAGACUCGCCCAGCUAG